AAAAUCUUUAUUUGUUUGCAGCAAUGCGGAAAAGCUGCGUAAAGAUGUUGUGUUGAGCCCAGUUCUGAGGUUCGUUAAUUAUAUUCUUCUUCUUCCUGGACUUACCUUCCAAAUAUUUUUCCCUGCAGGGUGGCUUGCAGAAGGGCAUAUCUGCAGGACCUAAUCUUCACAACCCAAUAUUUGUCAAUGAUAUGUAAUCAAGAUCACACCAAGAUGAUAUGCUGAACACAUGUGAAGAUUAAAAAAAACGUGAUACACGCAGGGUGCAAUUCUGACAGCCAUCAGAAAGAAAGGUUCAAUCCUAACAAUAUUUGUUAAGAACACAAGGUUAAUAAACAAUAGGCUCCAAUAAUAGUAAAUCGGGUUAACUAGUUCAUUAUCAAUCGAAAUCAGAACAAGUCAACAAACACUGUACCACCACAACAGACUUCAAGAUUAGAUAUUCAAAUAGAGUGUAGCUAUUCUUUCAAUAAAUCCAUCUUCGGUAAUAAAUAAAACUUCGUUUUAAAAAUAGUUUUCAGAAACGAUGACAAAAGAAUAAGUUAGUUUUUCGCCCAAAUUUAAAUAUAUUUUUAAAACAAAGAAAAAUAAUUGUGAUAUAACACUAAGAAAUAAUGGGUUAUGUUGAGCCAGUUCAGAGCGAAUCUCUAGUUAAAAGACCUGGGUGUGGGUACCGACAUGCUCAAUACUUAUUGCUGUUUGUGGGUUGUACUGUAGCCUAUGGAAUGAGAAGUGUUCUUAAUGUAGCCGUUAUUGCCAUUAUAAGUCCAGAUGAUAAAAAUAAAGAUUACCCGACAUACCCAGAAUGGAAACCAAAGAAGAACCUGAUGUUGUCCUCGUUCUUCUGGGGCUACAUCUGUUUACAAAUUGGAGCCGGUCAGCUAGCGAAAAACUACGGUCCCAAACGAUUUUUAUGCUGUGCUAUCUUUAUUACAUCGUUGUUUACUAUACUGACGCCAGUGCUAGGAGGAGUACUAGGCUAUGGAGGAGUUAUAUUAUGCAGAAUUGUACAAGGCCUUUCGCAAGGGUUUCUGGUACCUUCUCUUCACAAUUUGUUAAGUCAAUGGGCGCCGGUAACAGAGAGAGCAACAUGGGGAAGUGCUGUAUAUGCUGGUCAAGCUUUAGGAAAUGUGUUUUCAAUGCCCAUUACAGGCAUGAUUUGUAAUUCCAAAUUAGGAUGGCCAGUAGCUUUUUACAUGUAUGGUGGCUUAGGAAUUUGUUGGUGUAUCUUAUGGAUAUUUUUGGGAGCAGAUAGUCCGUCCAAGCAUAAAAGUAUAUCGAAAGAUGAGAAAGAUUUUAUAGAAUCAUCAUUAAUGAAAGAAGAAGAUAUCUCGGAAAUUCCAACACCUUGGAAAUCUAUUUUUACUUCCUUACCGGUGAUAGCUAUAAUAGUUACUCACUGUGGACAAAAUUGGGGAUUUUGGACUUUGCUUACUGAGAUACCGAGUUUUAUGGAAAAUAUAUUACAUGAAAAUAUAUCAUCGAAUAGUCUUCUUUCUGCAUUACCAUAUUUUGUGAUGUGGUUUAUGACGUUGGUAUUCAGUCCUAUAGCUGACUUGGUCAUUGACAAAAAAUUCGUUAGUGUAAUCACUAGCAGAAAAAUUUUCAAUUCAAUCGGACUGGCAUUUCCAGCUGUGGCUUUAAUAUCGUUAUGCUUUAUUGACACUAAAUGGAGUACAAUAUCCCUACUUGUUAUUGCUAUGGGAUUCAAUGCCGCCCAGUAUUCUGGUUUUAACAUUAAUCAUAUAGACCUAUCACCUAUUCAUGCUGGUACUCUCAUGGCUAUCACCAAUAGUUUUGCUACAAUUUGUUCCAUUUUGGCACCACUGGCUGUAGAUUUGAUCAGAAUUAUGACUGGAUUUGAGGAGAGUGAAAAAGCCUUAUGGAAUAUCGUAUUCUGCACCACAGCUGGAAUCUACCUAGUUGCCAUGUUUUUCUACAUCUUAUUUGCUUCUGCAGAUUUACAACCUUGGAACUGCAGUGAUCCUAAAGUUGCCGAAAGAGCAUCAAUUCAAGACAAAGUGAAAUUAAGGAUGUUACGAAAGAUAUCAGUUAUUUCCACAGCCUAAUUGUUUUGUAGGAAAAUCUCAAUUAAAACAUUAACUUUAUCGUUUCCGUGAAGUGAAGGAUGUACCAUUUUGGUUUAUUUUUAAAGACAUGCUCUUUGUCAAUUAGAAACGUUUUAUUGUUUGUUAUCUAUGAGAAAACCAUUAAAGAAGAAUUUGUAUAGGAAUAUUAGCUAUAUAGCUACAUUAGAUAUUUAUA